GUAAAUAGUUGACAAACAAAAAUCAAAAUGAAAAUUUGGGAAAAAAGUUUUGUAAUACAAUCGAAGACAAAACGUCAAAAACUCGCUCAAAAAGUGAAAAAUAUUGAAUAUUUAACGAUUCGAUUACACGAAAGAAGCUACGAAGUGACUUUGGUUAGCCAUCGCAAAUGUCAGAACAGAAGCAAGAUGCUGAGAAGAAGAUACCCACACCACUAAAAUACGCAUUUGGUGGGACGGCAGCAGUGACUGCGGCUUGCGUGAUGCAUCCUUUAGAUUUGGUAAAAACACGCAUGCAAGUUGCUUCCGGAGGUGGCGCCAAAUCAGCCAGUCCAAUUGAACUGCUGAAAGCGGCGGUUAAAAACGAUGGCAUCGCUGGCCUGUACAAGGGACUCAGCGCUUCGGUAUUACGACAGUCAGUGUACUCCACCACACGUAUCGGCGUCUACACAAGUCUAACGGAAUAUUAUCACGAGUUGUAUAAAACAGCGCCAACAGUGAAUGCCACCGUAUUGAUGGCAGCCUUCGCGGGCGCAGUUGGUGCCUAUGUCGGCACACCGGCUGAUGUGGGCUUAGUGCGUAUGUUGACCGAUGCCCGUCUGCCGCCAGCAGAUCGGCGUAACUAUACGAGUGUUUUUAAUGCGCUCUCACGCAUUACCAAAGAGGAGGGUGUUCUGGCGCUUUGGCGUGGCGCUGUGCCGACUGUGGGCCGUGCAAUUGUCGUGAGCAUUGCGCAACUGGCGUCUUACACGCAAUUCAGGCAUUUGGCGAAGUCGCAGCUCGGCAUGGGUGACGGUUUUAAUUUGCAUUUGGUGGCGAGUAUUGGUUCGGGUCUGUUGACGGCGACCGCAUCAUUGCCGGUGGAUAUUGCCAAGACGCGCAUACAGAAUAUGAAAAUGAUCGAGGGCAAGCCGGAGUACAGGGGUAUAUUGGAUGUGCUGGUAAAGAUUAGUAGGAAAGAAGGCUUUCUGGCGCUGUGGCGUGGUUAUACGCCUUAUGUUUUACGUGUUGUGCCCACAACUAUUUUAAUUUUCAUUAUUUUGGAGCAACUCAAUACGGCAUACUUUAAAUAUGUCUUGGGUGAGGAGUAUAAAUCGAAAAUUUAAUGACGAGACUUAUUCUAUUGUUGUUGUUAUUUAUGUGUGUGCUGAUGUAUGUAAGUGAAUUUGUGACUGUGCUAAGUGUGUAAAUAGAAAAUGUUGACUUUCCGAAUGUCUUUCUUUUCUGACCUAUUUUUGCUAUAUCUCUUAUAUUCUUACUGUAUAAAAAAUGUAGGCUUGCUUAGGAAAUGAGAAGAAAUGUAUGGCCUUUUUGUGUAUUCUGUUAAACUUUAUCUUUCCCUUGAUUAUUACUUUUAACCUUUUAUAUUACUUUUAAUUUUUAACUGUUAAUUUUAAUUUUAUUUUAAACUUGAAUUUUGAUUUUAA